AGUAUAAAUAAAACUGCAAAGUUGAACUAGUAUUCCUCAUCUAAUUUCCUCUGAUAAUCAUUGUUCGUUUAGAAUCCUGAAAUGGAAGGUGAAACAGUGAUGCAUACAGGAGGUUGCCAUUGUAAGAGUGUAAGGUGGAAAGUGGUUGCUCCUUCCAGUGUGGUGGUAUGGGACUGUAACUGCUCAAUCUGCUACAUGAGAGACAAUUCUAACUUCACUGUACCUGCUGACAAAUUUGAGCUUUUGGGAGAUUCUGCUAAGUUUCUUACAACUUACACCUUUGGCACUCACACUGCAAAGCACACAUUCUGCAAAAUAUGUGGUAUAACUUCAUUCUAUUAUCCACGCUCAAACCCAGAUGGGGUUGCGGUUACAAUCAGUUGUGUGGACAAUGGAACGAUGAAAAUCAAUGAAAUCAAGAAUUUUGAUGGGAAGAAUUGGGAACGCUCAUAUAAUGAGACAGGCAUCGCUUCUCGUUCAAAGGUGCAGAAGUAACUAGCAUAACAACAAGGGAUACAAAUCAGUUGUUAUCAUUAGCAAGUCCUAUAUGAAGUUUUUAUGUAUGUCCCUUAACUCAUUUUGUGUAUCUGCUGCUAAUACUCUGGCUCUAAUGUAUAUGAUGUAAUGCUAAUAAUAAAAAUCUAAAAAUAACUCAGAAGUUUCUUCAAUCGUUUCCUAUCUUAUACACAAUCAAUCAGUUAUAAUGCACAACAGUAAGUGUAGAGUGAAGACAAUUUAUGGCAUAUUUGAGCAAAACAAGUACCGCGAUUAAAGCAAAAGUUCAACUUUUCUCGCACAAUGACUUUGUUUUCCCAGAUUCUACUAAGUGAGCACCACUUGGAAAAGAAAAAGCAAAAUUUCAACUUUUCACGACCCUUUUGCAAGCUUCAGAACUAUAUCCCUCUCAUGUGAUGUUCACCAACUUCUGUAUCGCUCACAACAUAAAAACAGGGGGACUCGAUGAAGCGCGCCAGAUGUUCGAUGAAAUGUCUCUUAAAAUAGUUUGGUUGUAUGGGACUAUUUUGUUCCUUGGAAAGCAGAUUCAUUUACUCCUUUUUCAAAUCUGGACAUGAGAGGCUUGGUUUUGUGAGAGUGCUUUAUUGUAUUUCCAUGAUGUGAAGAGAGUUUAUGAUAG